AUGCUAAAAAAGGGAAAGUCUAGUGCUGAGGGACUCUAUGUUGAAAACCGAGGAAGGUCUAAGAAGCGGAAUGAUGGUAAAGACAAGGGAAAGACUAAGGAUCAGGGAGGAAGAUCUAAGUCUAGAAACAAAAAUGGCAAGAAAGGUACCUGUUUCAUUUGUGGCAAGGAGGGUCAUUGGAAGAGGGAAUGCCCAAUGCGUGGACAAAAGCAGAAUGAAAGCUCCUCUGUUAACACAGUAGCAGAGAUAAAGCAGCCUUUGGUCCUCACUGUGAGUUCUCAAUACACCAAGGAUGAGUGGGUUAUGGACUCCGGAUGUACCUUUCACAUUACACCAAACAAGGAGUUAAUGUUUGACUUGACAGAAUUUGAGGGAGGAAAAGUGCAUAUGGCAAAUAGCACAUACAGUGAAGUACAUGCCGGAUAUGAGUCGGAAUCUCAUCUCGUAUGGUAUGUUGGAGAAGUCAGGAUGUACCUACACAGGAGAAACUACAAGUUACGUUCUUCAAAGAUGGUCAGAAGGCUAGGUCACAUGAGUUCUAAGAAUAUGGAAGUCCUAUCUAAGGAAGGUUACAUACCUCGAAUGGAGAUUGGAGAACUAGGCUUCUGUGAGAGCUGCGUCCUGGGGAAGUCUCACAAGCAGAGCUUCCCGAAAGCCAAACACACUACUAAAGGGAUCCUUGAGUACGUUCACUCGGAUCUAUGGGGUUCACCGUCAACUCCAGAGAGUCUCGGUGGUGCAAAGUACUUCAUCAGCUUCAUCGAUGAUUACUCAAAGAAGCUUUGGGUUUAUUUCCUGCGAACAAAGGAUGAGGCAUUCAGUAAGUUCAAAGAAUGGAAAGAAGCUGUUGAAAGUCACACUGAGAAGAAGAUAAAGUGUUUGAGAACAGAUAAUGGUUUGGAAUUCUGCAAUACCUUGUUUGACGACUUGUGCAGAAAGUCUGGAAUUAAGCGCCAUCGAACCUGUACCUACACCCCACAACAAAACGGAGUAUCAGAAAGGAUGAACAGAACCAUUAUGGAUAAAGUGAGAAGAAAAGAUAGUCCUAGAGCUGUAAAAGGCACUUUCCUAGGCUAUCCGUUUGGUGUUAAGGGUUACAGGGUCUGGAUUCCAGAAGAUGGAAAGUGUACGACUAGCAGGAAUGUUGUUUUUAAGGAGGAUGAAGUUUACAAGGAUCUAAACAGUUCUAGCAGUCUACGUCUAGUGAUCAAUGUUGAUGUUGGUUCUGAGGGUUCAUCUGAUAUCGACGGUCAUGAAAUUUCAUCUUCUGAUGCGGAUUCUUCUCAAGGUGGAGCUACUCUUCAGGUGGAGCUACCACUCCUUCCUCAGUUGAUCCCAUUGAUGUUACCUCGGAUGAUGAAGAAGAAGGAUUAA